CCCUCCCCGCGUCUUUCUGUUACGUCAGUCCCUACGCACACGGACGUACUUGAGGAGAAAACUUGAACGUGCCCGUGUCUGUCGCUGUGUUUCCGUCGGGGUGUUACAGCUGAAGGAACCGUGCGCUGCACCUUUGAGAUAAAUAAAGAUGGUUGUGCUUUCUAAAGAGUACGGAUAUGUGGCGUUGACCGGUGUUGCCAGCAUGGUCAUGAUUGGACAUCUGGCAUUUAAAGUUGGCAAAGCUCGCAAAAAGUACAAUGUGCAGUAUCCUCAGAUGUACAGUGAUGACCCAGAAACUGGACACAUUUUCAACUGCAUCCAGCGUGCACACCAGAACACCCUGGAGUUGUACCCCGCCUUCCUUUUCUGCCUGGCCGUUGGUGGUGUGCAUUGUCCCCGUGUAGCCAGCGGACUUGGAGCUGUAUGGAUUAUUGGCAGAGAGGUGUACGCGUAUGGAUACUCUACAGGAGAUCCUAAAAAGAGAAUGUGGGGAAUGUUUGGGAAUUUGGCUUUGAUGGGGAUGAUGCUGACCACUCUCAACUUUGGCCGCCACCUGCUGGGCUGGACCGGACCACGGAUGGGGCCCUUCCGUCAUGCGCACUGUUGUUAAUGAGGACAGAGACUUCAGGCCGGGCUCACUGAAUCGGGAUUAUAAUCACGACGACUCUACAUAAACCAUAUAGCUUAAAGCAUGUUGUCUAACCUCUGAUCAGUGUAACAGUUGAAGUCUGUAGACGUUCAUGUCAUCAAGUGACCUGACUGGUUCUCCCUGUGGGGAAAUACCUCAUUUAGGAUGAUGAAUGUGGUGUAUUCACAGACUGGCACUCCCGCCACAUGCAAGAGCUGCCAGUUUGUCUCGGCAGCAUUUUCACCUACUCCCUGAUUUUGAAAUUUUAAAUGAAUUGGCCACAUGAUUUUUCAUAUCAUGUAUUUUUGCAGUAAACAAGUGAAGAUAGUGUUUGAAUUUGUUUAGCUGAAAAAGUCUGAUUUUGUACAUUAAUGAACAGACAUGGUUAGUUGAAAAUAAAGCUGCUGACAA